AUGCUGGUCUAUGUGUCGCUGGUCUGUGUGACGCUGUUCUGUGUGACGCUGGUCUAUGUGUCGCUGGUCUGUGUGACGCUGGUCUGUGUGACGCUGGUCUAUGUGCCGCUGGUCUGUGUGACGCUGGUCUGUGUGUCGCUGGUCUGUGUGACGCUGUUCUGUGUGACGCUGGUCUAUGUGACGCUGGUCUAUGUGACGCUGGUCUGUGUGACGCUGGUCGCUGGUCUGUGUGACGCUGGUCUAUGUGACGCUGGUCUGUGUGACGCUGGUCUAUGUGACGCUGGUCUAUGUGACGCUGGUCUAUGUGACGCUGGUCUGUGUGACGCUGGUCUGUGUGACGCUGGUCGCUGGUCUGUGUGA